GACAUGAUGCAUGGUGAUGGCCGCCGGGACGUGGGGGGACGGACUCCCCUCCUCGCCCUUCUCGCCCUUCCCUGCCGGGCGGAUAUUUCCCUAGGGCUUUAGUUCGACCUCAGGUUCUCGAGCCCUCUUCAAUUCCCUUCUCUGUCGAUUUUCUGCGAUGGUCGAUAAAAAGCACUACAAACGCGCAAGAGCUGAUGCAUAUUUUAAUGAAGACAAGAGGUCAGCUCGCGCCCUUGUUCGAUCAAAGGGAGACAACAUCUCAACCAGUCAAUGGCAAGCACGAAAGAUUGAAUCAAUAUGGUCGUCAUCGAAAUUUAUGGUGACUCACGAUUUUUGUACGACAGACGAUACAGGGGCCUAGGUGAUGGGUGAGCGCACUUAUAAAGUAGUUGUAGCCGAGCCAAGUGUCUGGAUGUUUUGUGUCUGGCAGCGACAGAGAUGGCGAAAAAACUCGGGAUAAGAGUGUUUCCGAGCAUCGCGCAUGAUUUAACCAUGUGACCUGCGCCGAAUACACAUUAAAACCUGCACUGGAGUAACUUGGACUAUGAAGGUCUAACUGUGUGCCCCCUUUUCUCAUCCUCACUUUAUUCUGAGUCAGUAUGCGCCCCCGGAUAUGAAUCAACAUCUGACAGAUGACGAGUAUAAUGUACCACAAACGGGUAAUGGAUGGAAGCAAUUCUUAUCUAUAAAGCUCGUGAAAUUCG